AUGGCCGAUGUUCGAGCACUUCUCCGCCAGCAGCGAGCAGCCCGUCGCAUCAACCACCCAUACGCCACAUAUUCAGACGCCGGAAAGCUGCUCUGCAUCCUCUGCCGCGACCAGAUCCGAGCCGAAGCCCACUGGGACGCUCAUCUCCUGAGCGAUAAGCACAAGAAGCGGCUCUCUGCCAUAUCAGCGAGCGCCAAUGCCAAUGACGACGACAGGGUGGAAGAAGAGAACCCAGAAAAGCACGAAGUCGAAGGAGAGGAAGAGGAUGCUGAGGAUCACGAUGCCUUGGCGCAGAAACGGAAGCUCGACCAAGUAGCUGCAGAAGACAAGGACACAGACAUAGACGACGAAGACGAGGCACGGAGGAAACGCAGUAGACCCGAGGCAGCCUCUGACAAGUCAGGCCCAGAAGAAGACAGAGCCAACCCCAAGAAGCCUCUCGUGCCCGCGCAAGGCGUCCAGGUCCAGAUGCCCUCACGAUCCUCAACUCCCUCGCAGCCAGCAGUGCCAAAACUGACGACUUCUCUCCCCUCCCGUCAGGCUAGCAACCUCGCCACUCCCGCAUCCUCCUCCUCCAUGAGCAUCAACAUCCAGCCACAAUCCUCCACCGCCAGCCUCUCACAACAGCAAUCACAGCAACCACCACAACCCACGUCUCAGGACCAGCAAGUCGAUGAAGACGAAUGGGCCGCCUUCGAAGCCGAAAUCGCCGCCACAUCCGCCGCCCAAGAAUACGAUGACGAUGCCGUCAUCUCCCGCCCCGCCAUGACGGCCGAGGAGGCCGCCGCCGCAAAAGAAGCCGAAGAACAGGCCACCCAGGAUCCAGAGUCUCGCAAGUCCAAGGCUGACGCCGAUCUGGAAGACGAGCGCGAGGAAGCCACCCGAGCGCUCGAGGACGAGUUUGAGGAGAUGCAGGAGCUCGAGGCCCGCGUCCAGCGCCUAAAGGAGAAGCGCGAGGCGUUGAUGCGGAAGAGGGGCGAAAGUCUCAGCCAGGGCCAGGCCGCAGCAGAAGCCGAUGAUCUUCGGACGACGACCAAGCUUCCGUCCGAUCCACAGGACAAAGGGAAAGAAAAUGUCCAAGCGACUGGCAAUUCUAUCAAGGCAGAGACCGAUGAUGAUGACGACGAAGAUGAUGAUGAAGAAGAUGACUGGGAUGGCUUCCGCUUCCGAACAGGGCGGUAG